AAAAGGAGGACUGUGCUUGCCCCUUUAAGACUGACUCCCGUCCUCCUUCGAGGGAAGUUACGUGAUAACACUUUGUAACUUGCCCCUUUAAACCUGUCUUCUCACCGUACCAGUUAAUCCAGGUACCAAGUGUCCACCGCAUAAUCACAUAUUCAUAACGGAUGCUUCAUUGGUGCUGGCGUGGGCGGGGCAUCAUCGGUCUGCAUGACAGGGUGUCCAAAAUCAAUCAUCUUGUAUUUGCUCUGCUGUCUUUUCAAACCUUAGGCUCGUGAGAUUCAAGGGCUGACCCAAUCCUUCCCUACACGAUUAGUCCAAUGAGGUCAGGCCGUUAGAGACCCGUAGAUUACAAGGAAUAAACGUGGGCUGCACCCACUUAAGGUCUGUCCUUGGUUCACAGACAGACAUUUUGCCCCUCCUCGUGUCUUGGUAUUUUAACUAACUGCCCACGUUUAAAAGUGGGAGUUUAUGGGUAAAUAGCUGGAUUGUUUUGAGAAAUUGAAAGAUCUGGCCACGUGUCCCCUGGCUGGGGACUGUUUUGAAAUAGUUUCCAGUUUGCCACAGCCCUUCUGUGAUCUAACAACCAGCCUGCAUCACUCAUUUAUCACCAGUCUGGCCCUGGGUAGGCAUUUGAGUUUGGGGCCCCUACUCUAAGUACUUGGGUGGAUGUAAGACUAUUUAUAUAUUUAUGCAGAACAGAUCAGAGGUCCCAAACAACUGGGUGUAUAAUUUGUGCUUAAACUGCUCUUCCUCAUUCUUAUUUUUAUCAAGGUGUCUUUCUAUUAAGUCCAGGUUUGGUAAAGAUGACUCAUCAGAGGUAUUUACAGAAAGAGAUUUGGAAGUUGAUAUUCUUUUAUUACAAUUAAAUCCAUAGUUUUUUGUUUGUUUUGUUUUUGUUUGUUUUUAGGAAAACACCUGAAUCUUGAUUACAUUGAUGUUUUAUGCUAGGACUAUCUUUAUUGAGCAGUCAGUAUAAUUUGUAUAUCUCUAACCACAGUUACAAUUUGGCAAUCUGCACAAUCUUGGCUAGACUUCAUAAAGGCAAGAACUGUGUUUGCCCUGAUAAUUGCUCUAUUCCAUCACUAGAAUCUAAGCUUCCUGAAGAUGGGGACUUUGUUAAUUUUGUUCACAGUUGCCAAGCACAGUGCCUGCUUAAAGGGAAGUGAUUUAUUAAAUGAAUGAAAGAACUUUAAAGGUAUACCUUAUUUUAUGUAAAAGGCGUGUUCCUGAGGAUUCUCUCAAAAUCAGAUGCUUGUAUAUUUGUUGUUAUAAGUUACUACAAAGGAUUCUGUUGUGGAAAGGCAUCUUUUAGAAGAUUGGAUUUUCCUAAAUUAAUGCACCAACGCUUUCACCUAAAAUGAACUUGCACUUGUGCAGCAUCUGCUACAGAGCUAACACUAACAUUUUCUUACUAUGCAAUAGGAUUUGGAAGUGUUGGUGAGCCUUGGAGUUUUCAGUAUUAUUUAUGUUUUUAGAGGUCCAGAGAUUCCAGUUGAGAUCAGUUUGGCAGCCAGACCCUUAUUCUUUCCCCAGGAAGGAGGAGGAGGAGCAGCUGUUAUUAAGAGCAGCACCAACAAACCUGUGCUUUGGGACAGGACCGAUGGCCUUGAGCCCAGGUUGGAGAGUGUUUACAUCAUUUGCCAUGAACCGCUGUGGUGUCCUUCGGAAGGCUGUGAGAAGCAGCGGUUUUCCUUUGUUUCCCUGGGGCCACUGCCCCUGGAGGGAAACCGGAAGCUUUUUGGACCCUGAGAUGAAAGCUUUCCUGGAGGAGAACACUGAAGUCACCAACCGUGGUAGCCUCACCCCUGAAAUCCAGUUGCGGCUUUUGACCCCCAGAUGCAAGUUCUGGUGGGAGAGAGCUGACCUGUGGCCCCACAGUGAUCCUUACUGGGCAGUCUACUGGCCAGGAGGCCAAGCCCUGUCUAGGUAUCUUUUGGAUAAUCCUGACGUUGUCAGAGGAAAAUCUGUGUUAGAUAUUGGGAGUGGAUGUGGAGCUACAGCUAUCGCUGCUAAGAUGAGUGGAGCUUUAACGAUCUUGGCCAAUGACAUAGACCCUAUUGCAGGAAUGGCUAUUACACUAAACUGUGAGUUGAACCAACUGAAUCCUUUUCCCAUUUUAACCAAAAACAUGCUGGAUUUGGAACAAGAUACGUGGGACCUUGUUGUGCUUGGAGAUAUGUUCUAUGAUGAAGACCUUGCAGACAGUCUACAUCAAUGGCUGAAAAAUUGCUUUUGGGUCUACAGAACUCGAGUACUGAUUGGUGACCCUGGGCGACCCCAGUUCAGUGGACAUAGCAUUCAGCAUCAACUGCACAAAGUAGCAGAAUAUUCACUUCCAGAGCCCACUAGGCAGGAGAACAACGGACUGACAACAAGCACGGUGUGGGAAUUUCAGCCUUGAGCUGUUGAAGUACCUCCAAUAUGGAUAUAGCUAUGUUUGGGUUUAACCCUAAAGACUGUCCAGUUCAAAGAAGGAAAUUUGUGUUAAAUGGCAAAUCUUGUUUCCAAAAUAUGAAGGUUGAAGUUUUGUCACCCUUUGUCAUGUAACUUGUUCUGCAGUAAGCCAAAUAUAGAAAUCUCUAUCUGUAAUUUUUUUCUAGUUUUACUGCUAUAGGAAUAUAAUUAUAGAAGGCAAUAUCCACAUGUAAUUCAAGUAGCUGAGAGGAAUUAGAUAUUUUAGCAGAGUCUCUUUCUAUAGUUGAGGACAACUGUGAUGUAUCUUUGAAUUAAACAAAAUAAAAAAUACAGAAUACUAUAUUUAAAAAAAAUUGUCUGUUAAGAUCAGAGAUGCAGUUGGUAUGGUACAGAAUACAGUAAGUCCCCUACAUACGAACCUUCAAGUUGUGAACUUUCGAAGAUAUUAAAGUGCCCCUGUAUGCCAGCUGUUGUACUGUACUACCGUACU